AUGGCUAAAUGCAUCCCUGCUGGAGUACCCAAAAAAGGUACAGUAGUUUCCACUUUUCAGAAGAGAUGAUAGUAUUUUUAUAGUAGAAAAUAGACCUAUAUUAACACACAAAUUGGAAAUGCUAGCCAUAUAGGUUAAUACAUUUAUACAUUAAUCUCGAAUCAGGACUUAGGGUGGGGAGAAAAAAUUUAGGAUUGGCUUCCGAACUUUAAUAGUUGCUUUAUAUGCACUUUAAUAUAGGUUACAAGGAUGGGUUGGAUUUCCUAUCAAAGAAUAUAAGACCUCGACUUAUUGAGAUCGACACUCCCAUCAAAGAAAAGGCACAACAGGCUCGUGAGUGCAUGGAUGCAGCCAGAGAGAAGCAUGGGUAUUCAAUUGCGUACAAAAGUGCAAAGCGGAAAAGAAAAAGUGGAAAAUCAAGUAUGUCCGCACGUGCAAGUCAAGCCAAGGAAGGUGAUUAUAAAACAACUACACUGAUUAAUGAAAUCAGUGAUUCAGAUUCAGAAUCAAUGUCAGAGGAGCAAGAUUGA